AUGAUCUACAAUGCCGCUAUGUUUUCUUAUGAUUUAUACUUCAUCUUCGUAAAUACGACGUACGACCUACGAUGCAUGGAAAGCCUGCCGCACGAGCAUCCGUUAAAGGAUACGGAACGUUGGCUUACGUAUAUCUACUUUCUGAAUAAGAUGAUUGACCUGUUGGAUACCGUGUUCUUUGUGCUACGAAAGAGCUCUAAGCAGAUAACUGUACUCCACGUUUACCAUCAUUUCCUGAUGGUGUCUGGAAUGUAUUGGGUGCUGCGGCUGUACGGAGUCGGCGGUCAAUACAUGAUGAUGGGAUUAUUCAACACUUUUGUACAUACCGUCAUGUAUUUCUACUACUUUAUUUCGGCAAUGUAUCCGGAGCUUAAAAGCAGCCUCUGGUGGAAGAAGUACAUCACAGGGAUACAAAUAUUACAAUUUAUUCUAUUGUUCUUGCAAUCACUCUCCCAGUCUUCAAUUAUGAUUGUCAUGUUUGGCAAUUUCUAUUACAAUGCUUACGUUAAGCCCAAACAGCAGAAACAGCGAAAAGAGCCCUAA